AUGGACGAACCUCGGCGAAGUGCAACUACGUGCAAUUUGGAGACCGCGUUGGCCAAGCCCAAGCAGCCGUCGGGGCAGUGUCUACUGAGACUUCACCAUGACCUCAAGAACAUCAUUGACAACCCUGUGCCAGGAAUCUUCGUCGAGCCAGAAAAAGGCGACGCCACCUACGUCCACGCCAUCAUCGUGGGACCCGACAACACGCCAUGCCAGGGAGGCUUGUUCCAUUUUGUGCUGAAGUUCCCCCUCAACUACCCAGACUGUCCACCGCAGGUACGCUUCAUGACGACCGAUGGCGGAAGGGUGCGCUUUAACCGGAAACUGUACAGCAGUGGGCUCGUAUCGCUCAGCAUUCCGGGCACGUUUCAUGGACCCUCGUGGAACCCGGAGAUGACCCUGAAAACAAUGGUGGUUUCGAUCCAGUCGUCGCUCAUCGAGCAGCCGUUGGCCUACGAACCUGCACUGGGACGGGAGUUCGAAACUUGGCUUGAGAAGACGAUGAGUUGCAACGCCAAACUGCGCUCUCAGACCCUCAAAGUUGCGAUUUGCGACGCACUCGAGGCUUGUCUUCUCGGCAACUCGUUGUACCCGCAGGACCUGCAGAUGGCUGCGAUGAGGCACUUCGUAGAACAAUAUGCCAAGUACGAAAGUGUAGCCUUCUCCCUACUUGGUGAAGACUCAAGCAAGGAGGAAUCUAAGCAGUACGCAGCGCUACUCGAGAGACUGCAAGACUUGCAUGAUCGCAUACUGCAAAACAACCCAGCGAUCAGGAAAAUGUGGCAAUGCGGCUACAAGGGCAUCAUGAACUGCUAG